AUGCCACCGUAUCCUAGCCACAAACGCUCCCGCAGCGCGUUGGCACUCGCCCUGCUCCACCGGGACAAGUCCAGGGGUGAAGAUAAGGACAGUGUCGACGACGACACCGACAGCCAGUCGAUCGGCUCCUUGCCCUCGAGUGGCUCCUUGAGACACAUGCGCAGCGCCAGUCGCCAUAGUCGUCGCAAGCAGCAUAACCUCGACACCAGCCCUGCUCGCGGCUCCUCCCUAGAACCCCUCGAACACGCAACCUCCAGCCAGAGCAUGGACACGAUAGAAAAAGUGCCCUCGAUGCCUCAGAUAGAGAGUGGCAGCAUGUCUCUUGACCAGUCUGUUCGCACCUUUCGGUUCUUUGAGAUUCUGCGCAGCGGAGACACCACCGCAAUCUCGAAAGCGAUCAAGGAGACCAAAGACCCACAGGCUGCGAACGCUCUAUAUGGAACUACGGCUCUCCAUUUGGCGCUCCAGUGUGCUGAGCCCGAGGUGGUGGAAUUUGUGCUGUCUUCCGCGGACGACGAGGAUAUCAACGCGCGGGAUCGUGAUGGAAACACUCCCCUCCACCUGGCCGCUCAGUUGGGGCGUGUUCCUCUGGUGCGUGACCUGCUGAGCCGGUCUUCGGUCAACGACGCGAUCAUCAACUAUCGCGGUCAGAUGGCCCUCGAUGUCGCCCGCACGCCCGAGAUCUUCCAGCAGCUGCAGCUGUCUCGGUCCCUGUUCAUUGAUUCCAAGACACAGGAGAUCCAAGCACUGAUUGCCAAGCGCGACUACGAGAACCUUGAGAAGCUAUUGGAAGAGCCUCGGGUGGAAGGCAUUAUGGAUGUGAACAGCCAGGAGCUCGUGACGGAUCGGACUACUCUGCAGUCGGGUGGCACUCUCCUGCACGAAGGUGCCCGAAACAAGGACGGACAACUUAUCCAGAUUCUACUCACCCACGGAGCGGACCCCUUCCGGCGUGAUAAGAAAGGGAAGUUACCCCAAGAUGUCACCAAGGAUGACAAGACCAAGGCGAUUCUGAAGAAAUCACCAGCCGCAGUCAUCGCCCAGCGAGGCAUUCAGGAGAAGGCAAUUCUUGGAAACAACAAUGCUCAGGGCCUUGCCGGGAGAGUUUCGAUGGGUGAGGCGCCGCUUGCGGGUAAAGACGCUCGGGAGAUGAAGGGAUAUCUCAAGAAAUGGACGAACUACACCAGUGGUUACAAGUUGCGCUGGUUUGUGCUGGAGGAUGGCGUCCUGAGCUACUACAAGCAUCAAGACGAUGCCGGCUCUGCCUGUCGGGGAGCGAUCAACAUGAAGAUUGCACGACUCAGUAUGGAUGCGCAGGACAAAACUCGCUUUGAAAUCCUUGGCAAAUCAUCGGUCAAAUAUCACCUCAAGGCGAACCACGUGGUGGAGGCAAAGCGCUGGUUUUGGGCCUUGAACAAUGCGAUACAGUGGGCCAAGGACGAGGCCAAGGAGGAAGAACGGCAGCGCACGAAGAAUGCGGAGGUCCUGCGUCAGGCCAAAAUUGAUCAAUCCGAAGGACGGGCACCGGACACUGCAUCUGAAUCUGGUCUCACCCGUAAACCCAGUGGCAAGGGUCUAGUACCCCCGGUGCCUGGUGGUAGUGAGAGUCUCAGCAUGCAGGGAUCUCGCACGACGCUUGAUAGAGACGAGGAGAGUGUCUAUGGUGGUUCGUAUGAGCAAAGCACUGCACAGCACGACGUGAACCGAGUGAUCAGCCAUGUGACUACGGCGCCCGAUGUCGACGGUGACGACGAUGACUAUGGCGACUAUACCUCCAGCCGAGACAUGCCCGCCACCGACAAAGAUGCUCUCAAUAUCACCGCACAAUCGGCCAAGCUUCAACUGGAUCUCCUGGCCAAUGUGGCUGCUUCAUUGCAGGCUGAGAGGUCAAAGAAUCCAGACAUGACGAUUGCAGACCCGGCAGUCAUACAGGCUCUUGGUGCGUAUGAAGCAGCCGUCAGCAGUCUGAAGGGCUUAGUGCAGAAUCUACUCAAGAUCUCGCGAGACCGAGACUCCUACUGGCAAUAUCGACUCAACAGGGAGGAACACCUUCGCCUGAUGUGGGAGGAAAGCAUGGCCCGAGUCGCUCAGGAGCAUGAAGAGUUGCAGUCAAAGAUGGGCGAGUCGGAAGAGAAGCGGAAACGAACGAAGAGAGCGCUGAAAGAGGCUUUGGAGGGUGCAACAGCCAGCAGCCGCUCCAUCAGCGGCGCUCCCUUCCGCCUGCCGACGGAAAGCCAGAGUGCUAUGGAAAGUAGCCAACCUGAUGUCCGUACUCCGGAGGCAGAGGCCGAGACAAACCAGUUGAACGAACAGACAGUUGAACCCACCGUUCACCGAAAGCCAUCUAUGCUCUCCCAGAUUAACAAUUUGUACGAUUCCGAGUCUGAUGGGGACGAGUUCUUCGACGCUAUUGACGCCGGCGAGAUCGAGGUGGAGGACCUGACCAAGGUUGGGCCAAAAGAUCAGGAAGAGCCGAAGAAUGAGAGUGCUGAGGUCCGUGCCAUCAAAUAUUCUGUCGUUGAACCAUCCUUCCGGGGUUACGAAGAACCCAUCCGAAAGCGGCUCAAGAUGGACAAUGACAAUCGACCCAAGAUUUCUCUUUGGGGCAUCCUGAAGUCUAUGAUCGGCAAGGACAUGACGAAGAUGACUCUUCCGGUCUCUUUCAACGAGCCUACUUCACUUUUGCAGCGUGUGGCCGAGGAUUUGGAAUAUACUGACCUUCUUGAUAUCGCUGCCGAUCGAUCCGACUCGAUGGAGCGUCUGGUCUAUGUGGCCUCGUACGCGGCAAGUGAAUAUGCCUCGACGAUUGGACGUGUGGCAAAACCCUUUAACCCUCUACUUGGCGAGACUUUCGAGUAUGUCCGGCCCGAUAAGGGCUACCGGUUCUUUGUUGAGCAGGUCAGCCAUCAUCCGCCCAUUGGAGCUGCGUGGGCUGAAUCGCCCAAAUGGGAUUACUGGGGCGAAUCUUCUCUGAAAUCCAAAUUCUAUGGCAAGUCAUUCGACAUUAACCUGUUAGGCACUUGGUUUCUGAAAUUGCGGCCCAUCACUGGCGGCGAAGAACUGUACACCUGGAAGAAGGUCACAUCAUCCGUCAUCGGCAUCAUCACCGGCAACCCCACAGUGGACAACUACGGUCUGAUGGAAAUUAAGAACUGGACGACGGGUGAGGUGUGUUAUCUUGAUUUCAAGCCACGAGGCUGGAAGGCGUCCUCCGCCUACCAAGUAACUGGACGUGUUGUCGACCGGGAUGGCUCUCCCAAAUGGAGUAUCGGCGGCCGAUGGAACGACAAGAUCUAUGCCCGCCACACCCCGGGCUUCGAGGCGCCGGUGUCUGGUCAAGACCCGGAAUCGGCCAAGACAUUACUUGUCUGGCAGGCUCACGAGCGUCCUACCGGUAUCCCGUUCAACUUGACACCCUUCGUGCUCACGCUCAACGCGAUCACCGAGAGUCUACAGCCAUGGCUUCCACCCACCGACACUCGUUUGCGUCCUGAUCAACGUGCCAUGGAGGACGGCGAGUACGAUCUUGCCGCUAGUGAGAAGCACCGUGUGGAGGAGAAGCAACGUGCCAAGCGGAAAGAGAGAGAGACCAGCGGUGAGUUGUACAAGCCCCAAUGGUUUAUUCGGGCUAGGGAACCGAUCACCGGAGAGGAGUACUGGGCCCACAAUGGCAAGUAUUGGGAAUCGCGAGACAACAAGGAUUGGAGCCUAGCACAUGACAUCUUCUGA